ACGCUUGCGAUGAGUGGGGUUCUGGUCAUGGAUGGUACAGACAGUGACGAGGAGUGCCUGAGGAGUGGUGCGCUCCGACAGGGCUUUUUAUGUCCGUUUUGUGUGCAAGACUUGGGUGAUCAGGCGGUUUUGCAUGCGCAUGUCCGGAAGUGUCAUCCGCAGUCCACCGGAGCAGCGUCCAGUGAUCUCGCAUUCUGUCACCUCAAAGAUAUUUUUGGUAAGGCAAAGCAAAAAAUUAUGCAAAUUGAUGCGCCAUUCUCUGUGGGCAGCACCACCAGUACAGCAGCAGCAGCCGUUCUGCCCUAUAACGUUUCCGGUGACGAUCAUCCAGACGCCUCCAAAUUCGUUACGGUAUCGCCGUCUCCUUCGCUCGCCUUCUCUUCUCAGCAGUUCGGUAUCACGAGGAAUCAUACCGAUUAUUACUUGAAGUGUCGCGCGCCAUGUAUCAAUGAUGCGGCCGUGAGGACGAACACCUUGAUUAUCAGGCUUGAUAAGUUAAUCAACCAGUGCCCCGCAGACUCGAAUAAGCGAAAAGGUUUCUGCACAUCUCGUAAAUCAAUACAAAAGCAUCGCACAUGCGGUGAAGGAAGUGCGUCUAGCAUUCUGAAAAGUGGCGCAAGCAAAGAAACGAAUGUCGGGAACGCCACGGCAACCGUGCAUUAG